AUGCACACUUCAAAACUUACUCUGGCAUUUGCUUCGGCAGUCCUUGCGGCACGCCCAUUUCUCAACGAAGCAGACAAUGGCUUGUCGGAUGCGGUCGGAAAUCUGUCUCCGGGUAUGCUUCCGGACCUCUCCUCCAUGGCUGGCCUGUCAGACUUCGACUUUGCCGCACGCAACUACUUGCCUUCACGAAACUACACUUAUUACCGUAACGCUGCAGGGGGUGAAUGGUCAUAUCGAAACAAUCUGGAGGUUUUCCAGCGGUACACCUUCAAACCAAGAGUAAUGCGAGAUGUGUCUCGCCUGCCAGAGUCCCUUGCGACAACCAUAUUGGGACACAAUUUCUCAGCACCGUUCUUCAUUGCUCCAUGCGCUAGAGGAGCUUUCGGUCAUCCGGAUGCCGAGCUCAACCUCGUCCGUGGAGCUGCAGAUGAAGACAUACUAUAUAUCCCAUCAUUGCAGGCAACGAUGUCUAUGGAAGAUAUUGCGGCCUCUAAAGAUGAUGGGCAAGUACUCUUCCAACAGCUUUACCUGCCCCCCGGCGAAGAUAACACGAAGAAGCUACUCCGGAGAACAGAAGCGACAGGCGCCAAGGCCAUCGUGUUCACCGUCGAUGCACCUGCAAAUGGAGACCGCCAACGAGCCUACCGCCAACGGGGACGUACACCUGAACCUGAGUUUCAAGCGAUAACAUGGGAAUACUACCGCAAAAUCAGAAACAUGACUUCGCUGCCCAUUGUCCUGAAGGGGAUUAUGAGUGUGGAAGAUGCUCAGGCAGCAGUCAGCAACGGUGUUCGUGCAAUCAUUCUGUCUAAUCACGGUGGAAGACAGCUCGAUGGCAGCCCUUCGUCGCUAGAGGUUGCACUCGACAUUCACAAAUUGGCACCCGAGAUCUUUAAACAAAUCGAAGUAUAUGCCGAUGGCGGGGUGCGCUACGGCACUGAUGUGCUGAAGCUACUGGCACUCGGCGUCCGAGCUGUUGGCGUUGGGAGGCCAUUCAUGUACGCCAACUCCUAUGGAUAUGAUGGUGUAUUACAAGCCAUCCAGAUGUUGAAACGUCAGAUUUCGGUUGACGCGGCGAAUCUGGGAGUGACAGACCUGAAAAAGCUUGACGCCAGCUUUGUCAACUGGACGCCAAAUCAUUGGAUGGGUUAA